AUGUCAGCCAACGAGUCGAAACGCCGUUCUGAACCGAAACCGAUAGACAAGACCGCGUCUUUCCAAUAUCAGCCCUUGGAAAAAGGGGUCGACUGCACGAGAUUCUUGAGUAUUCAUCCUGCGAAAAAUGCCAGCGACCCUACCAUAAGUUGCGCCUUGAAUCACAUUGCAUUCGGUGAAAAGCCAAGCUACGAAGCUCUGUCAUACAGAUGGGGCGAAGAGGCUCCUGUGCACACGAUUGUGCUCAAUGGUCAUCCAUUCCUCGUGAGGAAGAAUCUUCGUGAUGCUCUGCUCUACCUCCAGAAUAGAGGCAAUGGCGGACUUCUGUGGGUUGACGCGAUCUGCAUUGACCAAGCGAAUGUGCAGGAGCGCAACAGGCAGGUUGCCAUUAUGAGACAUAUUUACUUCAGAGCACGAACAGUCGUUGUUUGGUUGGGAAGUACUUAUUCACAAUUCCAAGAGGGAAUGGGCCCUCUCGAGGCUCGCUUUGCUCCAGAAGAGAGCUCGAUGGAUGAAAGCCCGACCACUGCGACGGAAUCCGGCGAGGCCAACGACGAACAUGCGACAAAUUUGAAAUGCGAGCGCGAAAUGGUGCUUCGGUUGGCGAAAGACGAGUACUGGAACCGAGUCUGGAUCGUUCAAGAGAUCGGACAUGCUAGGCAGAGGCGGGUCUGCUUUGGAAACAUGGAGUUGAGCUGGGGUAAUUUCAUCAGGAUGAUGACCCACCACAGCGUUACGAAUGAAGGGCCACUUCGAUUAAACCAGCAAGUCGAACAGAAAUACCAGGGUUCUCAUACUUUGAGACGUCUUCUUCACGAUCACCAGAGGUCUCGAUGCCAAGACCCAAAGGAUAAGAUCUUUGGGCUGAUUGGUCUAGCAGUAGAUGGCAAUGGCUACCCCAGCCCAGACUAUGACAAGUCAGUGAUUCAAAUUUGGACCGAAACGAUGGAGUUCAUGAACAGCCGAAGCAUGUUCGAUGAUAAGAAUGAACUUGAUAUUUUAUCGCACGCAAAUUUGAUCAAAUUCCUUCUCAUGGGGACACGAAGCACACCGAUUCAACAAAUCUUGAGACCCUAUGUUGCAGAACCUGAGAGACAACCUAUCUCACUCCGACAUGGAUAUAUACACCCCCACGCAUUCAAAUUGACUGGAUAUCUCCUUGGAACUAUUCGAUCUCUAGGCCCUUCAGUGAAAGACGUGGCUGGCAAUCUAGAUAAAGUCGACGAGUGGUCCCAUGGGGUCCAAACCAACUACGGAGACGAUCUCGGAAAUGCCUGCAGGCAGAGCGACGAUCUUAUAGGGGCCAUCUUGAACAAAGAGAACAGGGUCAUUGGACAAAUGUGCUUCAAUCAGUCCAGUCUUGUCAUCUGGGAGGAUCGAAUCGAUCGCAAUUACUUUGUGACAGAUUUGCUAGAUUGGAUGGAGGAAAACAAGCACAUAAUGGGAUCUCCUGGAAGCUUCUCAAGCCACCCCGACCAUUCAUCGUAUGACAUCUCCGAGGACUCUCAAGACCCUGAAACUCUCCUGUAUCAGCUGCGGACUGGUCGUCACUCUGAUCAAAGUCCUGAGUGGAAAAUGGGGGUCGUUCCAAGCAAAGCUGCAUUGGGAGACAUUGUAUGCUGGGUUGGAGGCACCAAGACGGCCUUGCUCGUGAGGCCAACAGGCAGGCGAAAGGUGGAUUACAAUAAGGAAGACUACGCGAGAUUUCAAGUAAUCGGUACAGCCAUGAUCGCCGAAGAUAUUGCAGACUCGACAAUUGAUCAUCAUCGGAGACUGAAUAUUCAGGGUGUGAGUGGCCUGGGCCGCUAUAAACAGGAUACAAAAUUGACAGGGAAAUUAUCUCUGAUAUUGGACGCUCGUACCCUCUACAUCAUCCUACUUGGAAGUCAGCAUCGUGCUGGUCGUUGA